CUUUCCAUUCUGGAUUGAAGUCUCGCUGGCUGGAACGGGGGCAGGUACAAGUCAUUGACCAGCCGUCCCGAACUCUCUACAUGGGGAACACCAAUAAAAAACAGGCCGCCAUGCCUCACGAUGUCUCCAGCCAUUUUCACAAGUUAGAAGAGGACAUCACGUGCUCCAUCUGUCUCUUUGAGCUGGACCAGCCGGUGUCUAUUACUUGUGGACACACGUUCUGCGAGAAGUGUAUCUCCUCUUACUGGGACAAUACCCAACUGCUGGGCUCCCGCUGCCCGGAGUGCAGGAUGAUAUGCCCCAGAGACCAGCUCAUACCGGUGCACAGACUCCGAAAUCUCAUCACAAACGUGCAGUUGGUGGUGAAGGAAGAGCAAGCCAGAAAGGAAUAUAGGGACGGUCCCAUUCAGCUGGUGUUUACGGAUUCGUCGGGCAAACUGCAAUUGGAUGAAACUGCGGUAACAAGUCUGUUUUUGAAUGACAACGUGUCAAAUUACCCAGCAUGCCUUAUAUGUGUUAUCGGAGAGAAACGUCGCGGCAAAUCCUUCCUCAUGAACUAUAUCUUGAGAGCGCUACGCAGCCGGGAGCAAAAUCAGCCCCCCAGCCUGGGCGGACAUGAUGACGCCUUGGAAGGGUUUGAUUGGAAGGCUGGAACUGACGGUGUAACUAAGGGGAUAUGGAUAUGGAGCCGACCUUUCAUAGUGGAGAAAGCUGGGGAAAAGAUGGCGGUCUAUGUCGUGGAUACUGAGGGCUCACUGGACCUUGACGGUGACCGAGAAACCAGCAUUAAACUGUCUGCGUUAUCUAUGAUUCUCAGCUCUUACCUGAUUUUCAAUGUAAAUUCAAAUCUGAAAACAACAGAACUUGAUUAUCUGGAGAUUUAUCUUACUAUAUCCGAAUUGACUGGAAAAUCCUUUUCACUAAAUAACUUGCAGCACUUGGAUAUCCUGGUGAGGGACUGGCAAAACUUUGAAAAAUGUGGACGAGGACCUGGUCGAGAAUAUAUAGACCAUGUGACAGAGAGACUGCGAAAAGGCCCAGAACAUCGUCUGGUAUUUGAAACUCUCAGAAGUCCAUCAGUGACCGGCUUCCUUCUACCAAAUCCAGGAAAAGGAGUCCUCCGAUCAUCCGGGCUGGGAAAACUCUCUGAUAUGGAUGAAGAGUUCAGAAAUCUCCUUACAGAUUACAUUACAGAGCUAGUUCGAGGGAUCUGGCAAUACAAAAGAUCUGAUAUACACGGAGACAUUGUAACCUGUGCCCGUUUGGGAGACGUACUGAAGGAGUUUGUCAACAUUUUACAAAACGAAAAAUACAGAUUUUCAUCCCCGGUGGAGAUGUUUCAUACAUUUGAAAAUCAGAAAAUAGCGAAUGAUGCUGUAAAAAAGUUUCAGAGUUUCAAAGAAACCGAGGUCCCUCCAGGAACAUCUGUAUUUAAGGUCCUGGGCAUUAAACCAGGGGAUAUGAGGUCCAAGACAGACAAAAUUGCUUCACGUCUCCUAGAUGAGUAUGCAUCCCGCUUAGUAGGUUGUACUGACAGAGAUAAACAAGAGCUGGUGGAGGAAAUGAAAUCCAAUUUGCAAAAUGAGCAAGAAAAAUUUUGUGCAGAUUACUCCAAGAGAUUCACAAAGUGCGCAGUUACCGUCGGCGUUGCGGUUGGAGGAGGAGUUUUGAGCCUCGCUGGAGGUGUGGUAGGAGCUGCUGUGGCUGGAACAGUUCUUGCUGCUGAAGCUAUAACGAUAUUGGGAAGCACCACGGCUACUAUGGUUGCUAGUAUGGUUGGAGGAUCUUUAACAAUGGGGGCCAUUGGUGGGGGAGUGGGGGCGGGGGUGGGAAAAGCAAUUGGGAACCGAGAGAAGAAAAAACAGGAAACGCCUGUGGAAGAAGGUAGUAGCCAAGAGUCAUCAAAUGAUAAAGAACGUCUUGUGAAGAAGAACCUAUGACCAAUUUCCACAAUGAUCUGCCUCUUGAACAUUUGACAAACGUCAUCCUGAUUAAUGCUAUUUCCUUAAUUCCAUUGUUCUUUAAAUAUUAAAUUGCCUUGAAUCUUAUGGUGGGCAGGACGUUAACCCACAGGUUUAAUGAGCUUCGAGUGAUGUGCCUUAUUAGUGAGGAUGCCCCUCCUCACCCAAUGUUUAAUUCUGGUUACAGAAUCAUUUUAAGACGGAGAAGUGCGACAUGUCUUAUAUCGUCUUAUCUCAGGAAAUUAAUAUAAAGGGACUUUAAUAAUUGUUUGAAUUUAAAUGUGUUUUACUUGCAGCUGAUUGACAUAUUCAGUAAUUCAAUUGGUUAAUUCCACGACAUUCUAUUUAUUUCAACAAUCAUAAUCAUUAUAAUCCUCUGAAACAUAUUUGUUUAACUUGAACGAUGAGUGUACGGUAAUUUCGCUUUGCUAUUAGACCGGACUUGUGAUAACAUUGCAGGUAAAAUGAGAUUUCAUCAAUUAACAGACCCCAUUAUUAUAGUGCAAGCAAUGUUUCAGAGAAGAAUGUAUUCUUUAUUUCUAACUUGCAAUAAUUACAAUCACGCUUACUCGGCUGUAGUCCCCAAUGUUAAGGGAAUGGGGGACUUGUUUAGAAAGGACAUUCCACGGUUCAUACCACACUAACGCUCAAAGUGUGCUGAAAGGUGGGCUGUACAUUUCUUAAGAGCAUUUGCUGUUUUUAUUACUAGUUUUAUAUAUAAUUUAAUUAAUUGGGGUUUAUAUGGACUCGGAAAAUGUUUCCACUAGAUGGGAAGCUAAAUGAGUUUAAUUUAGUCCGUAGGUUAUUUCCCAGUGUAUGGAUUGGACUGGAUUAAACUGCGUUUCUUGGUGUGUGCUUGUUUACGAUGACCUAUUAAGCAGUGAUUGCAGCAGUUUGUGGUUUCGCUAAAUACUCGGAGCCACAAUCCACCAUGUGACAUUGAUAAUGGGGAUGUGUUCAUUUCACAUUUUCAGUGAGGGGGAGUGGGGCGCAACUUAGGAACAUAACCACUGCAGUGAUCUGUAAUAAUACAACAAUGUGUAAUAUUAUAAUGAGAUGUAUUGGUACAAUGAGCUGUAAUAUUACAGUGAGCUGUAUUGGUACAAUGAGCUGUGAUAUUACAGUGAGCUGUAUUGGUACAAUGAGCUGUGAUAUUACGAGCUGUAAUAUUACAAUGAGCUGUAUUAGUACAAUAAGCUGUAAUAUUACAAUGAGCUGUAUUAGUACAAUAAGCUGUAGUGGGUAUGUUGGCUCUGUCAUCUCUUUCUGAACAGUAUGAUUGACUCCGUUUGUUACAGUAAUGUUUCUGGAUUGUUUUCCACGCGUAUAGAAAUGAAACCUGAAUCAUUAAAGGGAUUCUGAAAGUA